UCGUAAUAACUUCUAUGGAAAUGUUGUAAAAUAGAAGAACGUUGGAGAUGAAGCAUCGGCUGCUGCAGGGGUGGAUCCCUGUUUUGGUGUGAUUGCCUUUGUGUGAAGAAGGAACUGAAGCUGUGACUGACAGAAUGUCUUGGGGUGAGUUCAUUGAGCUCCGUGAGCUGAGGCUCCAUGACCCGAUAGAGCUGACCAGCUGCGAGGUGCCUCGCUCACCACCUCGCCUGGAGCGGGCCAAUGCUCUGCGGAUCAGCCCAGGGAAGGUCCCAGAGCUGCUCAGCCGGGUGGGCAUCAUCAGACUGCUGGGGGAUAGCCUGGACUUACUGCUCACAGAUGAGAGGGGAGAGGGACAUGACUUCCAGCCCUGCAGCCAUGCCCAGCCCACCUGGUGUGACCUGUGUGGAGGCUUCAUCUGGGGACUGUACAAACAGAGCCUGCGCUGUGCCAAUUGCAGAUUCACGUGUCACUACAGAUGUCGAGCUGUUAUCCAAUUAGAUUGCAGUUUGGAUGGUAGCUCCAUAGUUGAACAAACAUGUGUUAUGGAACACACCAUGGAGACCGAUACAGAUGUGGAUGAACAGGUUGAAUGGGGGAAGCAGCAGGAUCUGUCAGUCACAGAGAUCCAGCAGAAGGUGAAGGAGUACAAUGCUCAAAUCAACAGCAACUUGUUCAUGAACCUGAACAAAGAUGGCUCCUACACUGGCUUCAUAAAGGUCCAGUUCAAGCUGCUACGACCCGUGUCAGUUCCCCCACCAAGAAAGGGUACUGCAACACAGGUUAGUGCGGGCAAGAAGACUGGGGGAGUUAAGCGUCGCACCUCGUUUUACCUGCCCAAGGAUACGUCCAAACACCUACAUAUCAGCUCCCGCACAUGUGCUCGUGAGGUCAUCGAAGCCUUGUUGAAGAAGUUCACCGUGGUGGACAACCCUGGAAAGUUUGCUUUGUUUGAGAGCACAAAGCGCCAUGACCAAGUAUUCCUGCGCAAGCUGUCUGACGACGAGAGUCCACUCCACCUGCGUCUGUGUGCUGGACCCAAUGACAAAGCCCUCAGUUUGGUGUUAAAAGAGAAUGAGACUGGAGAGGUCAACUGGGAUGCCUUUUCUAUGCCAGAGCUCAAGAACUUUGUUCGCAUGUUACAACGUGAGGAGGAGGAGCAUGUCAAGCAAAUAGUGCAGCGCUACGCACUAGCCCGCACCAGGAUGCAGGAGGCCCAAGCUGCUAGUCCCACCCCUGGUGGUUCCAACCCUGGCUGAGAAACCGCUUCCUUACGGGACUACCUGCACCUCUGACUGACAAUCAUCAGAAGAUGACCAGUCACUGCAUCCAAAGAUCCCAGAGAACACAACUCGACACCUCCCUCAAAGGAGGAGAAUGAAAGAGCGAAUGAGAGCGAGCGGGCGCAUGAGAGCGAGCGGGCAAGCGCGUGUGAGUGUGAGAGAAUCAGAAGUGCCAUACAACUGGAGAGAGUCUGUUGUGCCUGAGAGAGAAUGAGAGUUGAGAGAGAGUAUGUGAAACUGUGGCUGAUGAGAGACUGGCUUUGUCCAGUACUUCCUCUCAUUGUGGAGGUGCCAUUUGACUAUCCUGGGUAAGCUACCCGACUCGUAAUGUUCAUCACCUGUUAUUCUUGCUGGCAGCAGGGUCCAUCAUUUAUAGCUUUUGGGUAACAAAUCAAAAGGCCUGUUUCUCUCCCUUACUGCCAAGCAAUACAAGGGAAGCCAACCUAUUAGCUCAGACAAAUGUUGAACAAAUUCAGAUACCGUCUGCUUCAGUAUCUCCAGGCCUUAAUGCUAGUCAGAAUAAUAAGUGAUGGACAUUAUGGGCCAGGUACUCCAGGUUUCCAUUUGCCCCCAAUGCCUUCCAUAUACCUCCUGCACAUCCAUACUAUGAUGGAUGUUACUCUUUUUUGCUUUCCCUUUAUGAGGCUGAGUGGGAGUGCCCCGUGUGUUGGGAGCACUGUGAUUGUCAAUUGAGAGGACAAUCCCCAGGUCGAUUUAAUUGAUAGGGGAAUUGUCCUGAAACUUUGAACAGGAAGCUGUUGCUUUUUAUAGAAUGUUCGUAUGUUUGUAUUGUCUAUAUUUGUAUGUUCUUUGUGACGUUCUAAAACUAUGUUAAAACAACAAAAUAAUAGAACUGAGAAUCUGUUUCAUAUUAUCAGCAUAUGUCUAUAUCUCUUGCAAUAAUAAUUUGACUGUCCUUGACUAUCCCCUUUUCAAUUUCAACAUUUUUAUGUUACAUCUGUCCAGUGUCAAAUAUUUGUUGAAAUAAUAAUAGAUUUGCACUGUUCACAUUAAACAAGUUCCUUCACAAAAGUA